AUGGGGGCGAAGUCCGCCAACAGCGAGACUGGAAAGUCCAUGGCCAGCAUGAAUCAGGGAAAGUCUUUAAGUAGAAUGAAAGUCAGACGAAAAUCUUAUGGCUUUGGUGGUGGCGUAGCUGGAAUCAAAAUAGCUGCAGGAGAACAUCGAUCCUCACUGCAUGGAGCUGAUUAUAAGCGACCUCAACUGCUUUACCUACCCACGUAUCGACUGGAACCUCGUGUCAAGUUUCACGUGCCCAGUGUAGAGAAGGUCAUUAAUAAAGUCCUGGAUUUCUACUUCACGGACUAUGAAUAUAAUGUUGUGCAAUCACCAGGCCUAACAGUGAUCAUGGCAGGAGAAAUAAUGAAAGGCGUCAAGGCUUUUUAUUUCGACCGCUACAGAAUCAUCGCUGUGGUCACCAUAGCUCAAAAGAGGCAGCAAUCCUAUAACAACGCGGUUGCUUUCCUAUGGGACCAUGCUAGAGAUAAUCUAGUUGACAUCUUUAGAGAAGUCAGCACAGCAUUUGUUCAAGUCACCGUCUUUGGAGUAUACCUCGACUAA